CUCGCUGUCAUCGUCGGCGGCUCGGAGUAAGAGGUACAUAACUCGACAGCUGAUCGCAGUAGUGUGACGGCGCUCUCCCUUGUCAGUAGCAGCGCGGAUCCGCUCGGUUACGUUCAGCCUGACCUGAUCUCCGAUCUCCAGGGGAGAGAUCACCUGGUGGUGCGUGUGCACGCGUCGUUCGCACGACGCAUCGAUCGGAUUUUCCUUUUACGACGUGAGUUCGUGUUGAUGAGCGAGUCCCGAAUCUGAAACGUUGAAAGCGGUGGUGUGUUCCCGACAACGUAGGAAGUCGAUGCGCGGGGUGGAAUCGCGUAACGUAUCCUUGGUUCAGUGAAUCAGAAUUCAGCAGAGCAAGCCAGUGCAAUCCCGCGAUCAUUUUGACACACACACACACACGUCUCUCUCCCUAUCUCUCGAAAGUGUUUGAUACAGGGGAAGAUGAGGAACGUCAUCGCCGUGGUAUGAGUUCGGACGUCGCGACGCUAAUUGAACCCACUUCGUUCCAAAAGAGAAUAUUGUCGGAUGAUGGCUGAUCUGAAGACUCUCGGUCUGAGCGGCACGUCCAAAUACAGCGGCGACGAACAGGUGCAAUUUAUCCCGGCAGGCGGGAGCAGUCAUCAAGUGACGAUCAAAUCACCGCCACCUUCUUUGCAUUUGGACAGUCUCAACAAUGCGGUUCACGGUGGCUCGCAGAACAACCUGCACUGCAGCUGCAAAGACGCCACGUCAAACGGCGCCGCGAUGUGCACCGGCGGUGUUCUCGCCAGAAAGGUGCCGAACCACAGUAGCGCAAGUCCCGGACAGAGCAACAAAAGGCCGGCGGUGUCGCUGACCCAUUUGCCGAAGAGGCCGCCGGUCGACGUAGAGUUCAAGAACCUGGCCUACAGCGUGUCCGAGGGCAGAAAGAGGGGAUACAAAACCAUCUUGAAAUGCGUGAACGGAAAGUUCAGAUCUAGCGAGCUGACGGCUAUUAUGGGACCGUCGGGCGCCGGCAAAAGCACGCUCAUGAACGUUUUAGCGGGAUACAAAACGUCUCAUCUGAGCGGCUCGGUGCUGAUAAACGGCAAGGACAGAAAUCUCAGAAAGUUUCGAAAGAUGUCCUGCUAUAUUAUGCAGGACGAUCGGCUGCUGCCGCACCUGACCGUUUACGAAGCGAUGACCGUCUCGGCGAAUCUCAAGUUGGGGAAGGACAUGAGCGCAACUGCUAAGAAAGAAGUGAUCGAGGAGAUCAUCGAGACGCUCGGUCUGCGCGAGGCCAGCAAUACGCAAGCCCAGAGUCUCAGCGGCGGGCAGAGAAAGAGGCUGUCGAUAGCGCUGGAACUCGUCAACAAUCCGCCGGUCAUGUUUUUCGACGAACCGACCUCCGGCUUGGACAGUUCUUCCUGUUUCCAGUGUCUGAGUUUGCUCAAAUCCCUGAGCAGAGGAGGAAGGACGAUUAUCUGCACAAUUCACCAACCGAGCGCGCGACUGUUCGAGAUGUUCGAUCAUCUCUAUCUGCUUGCCGAGGGCCAGUGCAUAUAUCAAGGCAACGUCGGCGGUCUGGUGCCCUUCCUGUCGUCGAUGGGCCUCGAGUGUCCGAGUUACCACAACCCGGCGGAUUACGUGAUGGAGGUGGCUUGCGGGGAGCACGGCGAGUGUGUUCACAAGCUCGUGAUGGCCGUGAACAACGGCAAGUGCAACAAUUACCAGCAUCACCAGGCGGCCAUCGCCGCGUCGCAGAACGCGGUCUCGAACGACAUCGCCAAGGAAUCGCCGCAGGACCAAACCAAGUCGGAGGCCGCCGCUUUGAUACCGAACGGAGUCGCCAAGACGUCGGCCAGCGCUACGACGAUGAUCACCAUACCGGUUUCCUGCACAACGUCGCUGCUGGACAGCGCGGAGAGUAUAGAGCAGGAGGUCGGCUUCCCGACAAACGGGUUGCUGCAGUUCUGGAUACUGCUCAAGAGAACCUUUCUGUCGCAGAUGCGAGAUAUGACACUGACCAAAGUGAGAUUGAUUUCGCACAUAAUCGUCGGGCUGCUGAUCGGCGCGCUUUAUUACGACAUGGGCGACGACGCCUCGGAGAUGAGGAGUAACGCCGGCUGCGUCUGCUUCACGGUGAUGUUUCUCAUGUUCACCGCGAUGAUGCCUACCAUAUUGACAUUUCCAAUGGAAAUGUCGGUCUUUGUGAGAGAACACCUCAAUUACUGGUACUCGUUGAAAUCUUUUUAUCUCGCGAGAACGUUAACGGACGUGCCGUUUCAGAUAAUAUACUCCACAGCCUACGUGAUAAUCGUGUACUUCCUUACAUCGCAACCAUUGGAGACCAACCGCUUUUUUAUGUACUUAAACGUAUGCGUUCUGACAUCAUUAGUCGCACAAUCUAUCGGUCUGCUGAUAGGAGCAGCGAUGAACAUAGAGACCGGAGUGUUCAGCGGACCCGUGCUCUCGGUGCCGAUCGUUCUGUUCUCCGGCUUCUUCAUCAACUUCGACGCCAUUCCCAAAUACCUCAAGUUCCUCUCGUACGUGAGUUACAUGAGGUACGGCUUCGAGGGCGCGAUGAUCUCCGCGUACGGCCACAACCGGGCGAAGCUCAAAUGUCCCAAGGAUUACUGCCACUACAAGAAUCCGAAGAAGUUCCUCGAGGACAUGUCCAUGCAGAACGCGGACUACUGGGUGGACGUCGUCGCCCUGCUCGCCUUCCUGCUCGGUCUUAGAGUGAUCGUCUACUUCAUGCUGAGGCUCAAGCUGCGAUCGCUUCGUUAAAACACACACAACAAAAAAAACUAAAAACAAAAAAAAUAAAAUAAAACAAAAUCCCGCGCAGCCAACAUAUCGGUCCGGGACAGACAAUAAUCGAGACCACGUUGCAAUUUUUCGAGGAAUCUCCCGACAUUGAAUCCGAUAAUGUCGACAACACUUUUCUCGAAACGUGUGACACGACCAAAUUAUAAUGAAAAAGACGAUAUGUUUCGACGAGAUUUCUGAUCUUCGGUCUUAAUGACACAAGCAGAAAAAAUGCCGCGAUUUGACGCCAGCUAACGAAUCCGCCGAGAGUGAGAGAUGAAAAUACACUGACGAAAGCGAAAACGACGCUCGCGCGUUCUCCGUGCGCGCGCGCGAGAGAGAGAUUUUAAUUACCGCUGAAGUCGUCAAAAACCGAUCGUUUGCGAAAAAAUUUCACACACACGUGACUUAGGUCGUUUUUCCCGCGCGAGAUUUUUUUUAUUUUUAUUUUUUUUUCGUCCGCCUUUAAUUAUAUUUUCUAUCAAUUCCAUAAUACUGAGACGUAGCGUUGCAACAACAAUUCGAAGGGUGCUUUGAGUACUAUUAUAUAUCAUAGUUAUAUAUAGCGAUGAUAGCUUGUACGGUACCAAACGAAAUCAACCGAAUGAUUUUUCUGCCGUUUGGCAGAAAACGACGAUCGUUAGUUCGUUAGUUCGAGAGUGUAAGAAAAAGAAACGAGAAAGUUACCGCGCGAAAGGAAAUCUCGGAAGAGUUUUGUGGUUCGAGAGACAAAUAGGUUUUACAUAGAUCGACUAGGUAGGCGCAAAUAGCACGCAGAAACUCACACACACACACACACACACAUACACAAAGGUUGUGUCGAACCACUUUCGAUCGCGCGUCGAACAAUAGAUGGGAUCGCUCAACACACGGCAACACACUUUCUCGUCGGUGUGCUGCAAAAUUAUAUCAGCGACUUUAUAGCCGAUUUACGAACUUGCCGGAGGGGGAGAAAGAGUCUCACUCGUGUCCCCUUCAACUCGCGAGCGCGACAAAAUUUAGAGGUUUUUAUAAGUAGGUAGGCAAAAAAAAGAGGAAAAGAGAGAGAGAGAGAAUCGUUACGCGCGAUUCGCGAAUUUAGAUUAUUUCGGUCACGUGAAGAAACCGCGUGUGUUAAAAUUACUCACUUCGCAAUAAUGACGUUUCCCACGCGAACGAAACGAGCAAUUCGCGGAAAAAAAAGAAACAAAGAAAGUUACACGCUUGUUCGCAAGCAGCGUUUUUCCUGGCUGCUGGAAUAAAAACGCGACGCGGUUUUAAUUAACAAAACAAAAAGCGCAUUUGACGCGUCUCCACAACAUAAUCAUGCACAAAAUCUCUCCCCAGAUGUUUCUUAAUAACAAAUAUCGGUGUAAGUACGUUCGGCGGCGUUUGUAUAUUUCUCUGUAGUUACGGUAACGAAAAAAAGAGGAGGGUCUCGGGGGAGGGAGAAGGAGAAGGAGAGAAAGAAAGAAGCGUUUUAUUGUAAAAAGCUCACACUUGACCAAUCACUAGCUGCCUGGGCGUUGCUUUCUAAGUGCGAGUCUACGUAAAAUAUCGUUACACUUAUAUUAUAGUAUGUAAAUUUACACACGACGACUAUUAAAAACGACGAGAAAAGAGAAAAACUGUAUAAAGCUGCGUGUGUAU